AGAGAUAUUUCAUUUAUUUGUAAGUUACAUAUUUUUUUAGAUGUGUAGAAAUGAUCUGUUUCUACCACAAGAUACGGAAACAGUUUUACUUCCUGUUUUUCUCACAUAAAUAGUGUUGGACUAAAGUUAACUGCAGAGAGCUGCUGUUGCUUUGUGUGGUGAUGGAGCGUGUUGUGCGUGUUGUGCGUGUUGUGCGUGUUGUGCGUGUUGUGUGUGUUGUGCAUGUGCUCCUGCUCUGGUCCCUGUGCACAGCUAAACACUCAGAGUACCAGGGGACAGUGAUGACCUACUACCCUCUGAUCACCCACCAGAACACAUCGGUCACGGUACAAGUUCGCUUCAAGUCAAAUUCUAAGAGUUGCAUCGUAAACAAUUAUUAUUGUCCUUCUGAGGGCUGCUAUCGUAUCUCAUACAAAAAAGUGACCGUUGAUCGAGAUUUGACAACAGAGUUUUGCCAAACAGAAUCAGUCUGGACUCGGACAAGUCCCACCAAUGCACCGAUGCUGAUGAAGUUAUUUCCGUACAACUGGAUCAGCUCCACAGUGAACAGAGCCCUGGAAGCUAAAGCCUCCACCCUGGUGGAGCUGAGGAGCCGCUCAGACACUGGACAAUCCAACGCGUCUCCACAGACGACCAUCCUGCCCGUCUAUCGAGUCUCCUGGAACUGUCCGAGUAACAUCCGUCUGUUGACCUUUGACCCUGAUGGAGACCGGGUCCGGUGCAGGUCUGCUGAUAAAAGUAGAGACGCAAAUGAGUGUGAGCAGUGCACUCUGCCCUCUGUGCUCCGCCUGACACCGAGCUGCAGUGUGUCGUUCAGCUCGUCCAGCAGCAGCUCUGUGGGCCUGCACGCUGUAGAACUCAUGAUGGAGGACUUCCCCACCUCUGACAUGGUCCUGACGGCCACUGACGGAGCACAGGAGGAGAGGAGCACCGGAGACCCCAUCAGCAGACUAGCAAUCCAGUUUUUACUUUCAGUGGGGUCUGCAGCUCCCUCGUGCUCCCCUGGCAUGUACCUGCCCGUGUUUGUGAAGCCCACCCCCCAACAUGAAGAUCACAUCUACUCUGUGGUCAGUGAAACUCUACAAAUCUACAUCCAAGCCCAGGCCCGAGAGUCCACGAUUUCUGACGUCCUGUUCAGUGGCCCUUCAAACAUGACGAAAGCGAAGUCCAAUGGUCAGUACGUUCUGAGCUGGGCGCCCUCUGCUGCUGAACUCGGGAAAGGUUUUGCUGUGUGCUUCGUGGCUGAGGCUGUUCACGGUUCUGCAAAGUUUCACUCUGAACAUCGGUGCGUUGUCGUGCACGUCAGAAACGUUCCUGAUGUUAACGGCUCCUCUCCGGUCCGCUCCUCGUCCCUCUUCAGCCUGGCCUUCAUUCUACUGUAUGAAUAUUUCUGUUAAAGUUUUUUGAGAACUAAACUGUAUAUGUGGUGUUUUAAUAGAAUGGUCAACUGUUCCUAGUCAUUUUUUUGGCAAUUCCCAUGGAAAUCAAAUCAAAAAACGCUAAGAUCCCGUCCACACUAGUCGUAUUUGAGUUGUUUUUGUUGUGGAUGCAGUGUUCGUUCACACUAAUCCGAUUGAAAACGGCUCAAGAGAUGGAACGAUCUGGUGCCGCUGAGGUCCCACGAAUUCAUCUGAGUACAGAUCUGAUCCGGCACAGUGUGGACACCUGAAAACGCUGAUACUCUGAUGUAGGUUUAUGCACCGCGAAGUAAUUCACCGCCAAAACACUAAGAGGCUAGAAUAUCUGUCAAUUCAUAUAAACGUGUGUCUGUGUGUACGACCUGUAGACGUAUAAUCUCUGAAAAGUUUCACAUGAACCAUCUCCAACGCGACAGAAACAGAACAGACUCACCAUCAGCAGAACACCCCUCUGUCACAGAAAGAACACUCAUAUUCCACUGAGUUGUGUCCUUUAGACCCCGUUUACACUGAAAUGAAUCCGUGUAUCACUGUAUCGGCAACGAUCUGCGUCCAGACACGUCGUUUAUGUGUCUGCAAGUCUUCCCUAGCCACGCAGCUUUGAGCAUAUUUGUUUACAUUUUACAGAAACAAAACUUAAAACCGCAUGACACAUUUGCAUAAACUGAUCGCUCAAAAAACAGCUCGAUAUUGUGCGAUAAUGUGAUUCAGCUUCUGCUCUAUAUUCUGGCCUCUUACUGUUUUGGCGGUGAAUCAUUUCGCGGUACAUAGAACUACAUCAGCUUAUCAAUGUAUCAACGUUUUCAGGCGUCCACACGGUGCCGGAUCAGAUCUGUACGAACAUGAAUUCGUGGGAGUUGGAGGCACCAGAUCGUUUCGUCUCUGGAGCAGUUUUCUAUCGGAUUAGUGUGAACAAACACUGAAUCCACAACCAAAACAACUCAAAUACAAACUAAUGUUGAUGGGGCCCUAGUCCGACAGAAGCUGAACCACAUCAGGGCACAAGGAGCGAACUGUUUUUUUGAGAGCUUAGUUUAGGCAAAUGAGCCACGCGGUUUUAAGUUUCAUUUCUGCAAAAUGUAAACAAAUCUGCUCAAAGCUGUGUGGAUAGAGAAGACUUACAGACACAGAAACGACGUGUCUGGACGCAGAUCGUUUCCGACACGGUGAUACUGUGAUUGGUUUCAGUGUACAUAUAGCCUGGAACUGCUGCCUGCACUGGCCUCUGCAAUUUCAAGUAGUUGGUGACAUCACAACAAACUGCCCUGAUCACAGCCUGGGGUUUCAGAUUACAAACACCAGCUCCAAUUGAAACGUGGUUGUGGGCGAAGUUUAGUUGUGUUUGCUGUGUUUAAAAAUGUCGGCAGCGAACAGCAUGAAGCCAAAUACAUGAUGGCGUCACUUAAAGACAUUACACCUCAGUCACGCUGAUAAGACGCUUGAGUUUUUUCAGCGAAAAUGUCCCGAAUAUUCAAUCAAUCAAUCAAACUUUAUUUGUAUAGCACUUUUCAUACAUUUGAAAUGUAGCACAAAGUGUUUCACAUGCAACAGAAAAAUUACAAUAAUUAAAAACAACAGCAACCCCCUCACCCCACUGUUUCAUCCACAUAUACACAAUAAGACGUAAACAUAUUGCAACAAUCAUCCCACUUUGUGAAUGCUGCUUCAGUGAACCAGCGAGCAUGUUUCGUAUCAUAUAAGGUGUCGUACCAAACAGCAGAGGAGCUAAUUCUGCUGAACUAUAACACAGACAUGAUCUUUAAAAACGAGGAGGACACAGGAGCGGAUCACCUCAUGACGCAGGUGAGCAUAGCGUAGAAUACAAACAGACACAUGCUGAGUGUUUCCCGGGAGUCACUUUGGAGACGCGACUAAAACGUUUGCUCUCGUAUGUCGGCGACUGAAGGCGAUGGUGCGAUUUGUCCACGUUUGAUCGUGGUUCUGAGGAGUGGAGGGCGAGAAUUGUUUUCUUCUUCCUAGUUGGGGAUGUGACAGAAAAUAGUUGAGAAGCGCUGGUAAAUAAAUCGCCAAAAGGUCACUAGUAACAGUGGACAGUGAUAUUAAAACAAAGAUGUUGUAAAAAAUGAAUAAAAUUGCAAUGUUUUUUUGUUUUUUAAUUAGAAUAUAGUGUAUUGUCUUUAACAUUUAGUCUAAACAGUCUGUAUUGUGUGUAUAAAACUCUGCACUCACUGAUGCAUUGUUAAAUUAUUGUCUUAAAGUUCUUUACAAUAAUACUGAACUUUUGCACGUUUAUUAACUU